UUUCCCUAACAAAGGACCAGGCAGAAAUGAUGCACAGGACGUUAUCUUCGGCAUGGAGAAAGGAAAGCAACAGGGAAGCGUUUGAACGGGAAAGAGUCUGCAUAGAUCGCGAAGUGAAGGAGGCAUGGCUGAGGUGGAGAUGGACCCUGAGCUGGCCCUCGGGCUGUUUGAGGAGGGGGCCACGCUGGUGUUGCUGGGAGUGCCUGAGGGCACAGAGCUGGGCAUCGACUACAACACCUGGCAAGUGGGGCCACGCUUCCGUGGCGUCAAGAUGAUCCCACCGGGGCUCCACUUUCUGCACUACAGUGCUUCCAACAGGCCUGACUGUGGUGGGGAGGUAGGGCCUCGCACCGGGGUCUUCCUCAACCUCAAGCCCCGAGACAUCCGCCUGGCUCGGUGGGACGGGGCCGAGGAAGACUUGGACUUCUCCAACUCUCAGGAGGAGGAAGUGGAGCGCAUCCGAGCCGGGCUGCGAGACCUGGAUCGUUUCCUGGGGCCGUAUCCCUACGGCACGCUGCGCAAGUGGGUCUCGCUGACUGACCGCAUGACCGAAGAAGGUGUGCGCAGUCUGCAGCCCCUGAGUGGCAAGAUCUGCGCCUUCGCCCAGGUGCUACCCGAGCUCGCCCUGAGGCACACCCAGGACCGACUGGAGCAGAACCUGCCAUCCUACGACAGCGAGUGCCACAGCAUGCAGGAGGGGCUGGAGCGGCUGCCAAAGAUGAAGCAGAGACCCGGCACAGAGAUGCGCUUCUCUGAGAUCCCCAAGCAGAACUACCCUGAAGGGGCCACCCCUGCCCAGAUCACUCGGUGCAGCAUGGACCUUACCUACGCCCUGCAGAGCGUGAUUGACCGCUAUUACAAGCAAGAUCCGCAGCAGAUACUGGGGGAGCUGCAGUUUGCCUUUGUCUCUUUCCUGAUUGGGAACGUGUACGAGAGCUUCGAGCACUGGCAGAAGCUUGUGAACCUGCUGUGCCGCUCGGAGGAGGCCAUGCAGAGGCACCUCAGCCUCUACCUGAACCUCAUCUCUGUCCUGUACCACCAGCUUGGGGAGAUCCCACCGGACUUCUUCGUAGACAUUGUCUCUAAGGACAAUUUCCUCACCUCCACGUUACAGGAGUUCUUCUCGUUUGCUGCUGGCCCCGAUGUUGACGCCACUCUGCGGAAACGGGCAGAGAAGUUCAAGUCCCACCUGACCAAGAAGUUCCGCUGGGAUUUCGAGCCAGAUCCUGAGGAGUGUGCCCCUGUAGUGGUGGAGCUGCCGGAGGGUGUGACGCUGGACUGAACCUCACCCCCUUACCAGCCUCUUGCACCCCACACACACCACGGAGUGACCUUCUGAACAACACCGGAUUGAUAUUUUAUAAUUGGGUCAGCUUCCCAUAUUCCGUUGUCUGUGGAGUACAGUCAAACCAGCUGAUAGCUAUCACAAAAUGAGCUUUUUAGAGGCAAACUAAUAUUUUGUAAUGGCAGUACCAAGCCCAGAAACAGUGUAAAUAAAAUAUGCUAUCAGGGGUAUGACAUCCUUUUAAUAAUGUUUUUUUUUCUGCUUUGAGUGUUAAAAUUAAGUCUGUAUGAAGUGUCUUAUGCGGUUAAACCACACCAAGGUGACAGUAACUUUUUAUGCAUGGCAUAAAUAUUUUCUCUGUGGCUCAUGUAUUUAGUAAAUAUAAUGCUACAUUGCAUUGUUUGUGCCCUUGUGUAAGUACAUGAUGCUGAAGUCCUUUCAGUUUUAAAAUUAUCCACUGGGUGGCAGACUUCAGCCAGGAUUUACUUGUUUGAAUUAAUCAGGCCCCCUUUUUUUUUAGUCGUGCUUAUGAUUUGUGAAAGAAUAAUAAAGCUGCCCAUUUUAGGCAUACUUGUGAGAAACAACUCUUCAGGUUACUAUAACGACUUACAUGUUUUGUAAACAUUAACUUUGAAUUUUCCAGUCUUGGAAAACACUCACUGCAGUAAACAUUUUUAAUAAAAAGGGACCUUGUUUUUUUUGUAUUAAAAGACUAUGACAACA